CUAAAUUCGUUAUCUUCAUGUUGGGAAAUGUUCUUUCUUCUCCACACAUGCUUUGUUUUAUAUAAUAGAAGCAUUUGACAUUUAUAAAGCAGUUGAUUAUACAAAUGUGAAUCAAUUUCAAUGUGACCCGAGCCGAAAUAUUCAUGAAACGCUAAAAUAUUUUUGACCCAUGAUUCUAAACAUGACUAUCUACAACCAUAAUUCUAUAUCAGCUAACUAUCUAUGUUUAUACUAGAACAUAGAUAACGUUUAACGAUUAUCUUUUAUCAGAUCUAACUUCUGACGGACUUCGCCGUGAACCGCUACACAAAAGAAAGUAGCGAUAACAGACAAUUUUCGUACUUUUACACGACUAAAUUUUUCAAUUUCAAGAUCUCUAAACCUAAUAUAAAGAUGAUGAUAAGAUCUCUAAAUCCUAUAGAAAUUUGAUACAACAUAGCAUAUGUUCUAAUAUGGUUAACCUAUUCCAUGAUCUGGAACAAAGAGAUGGCGUCACAUUCAAUUGGAACUUAUUUCCCUCCACUCGUCUCGAAGCCUCACAGUUAUCAACUCCUUUAGGAUGUCUUUAUCAGCCAUUGUUAGAAAGCCAAGUAUCUCUGACACAGUUUCCCAUACAAUGUACAACAUGCAAGAAUUAUAUGAAUCCCUUCAUAAAAGUGGAUAGAGCGAAUAAUAUGUGGUGGUGUCAAAUGUGCCAGAAAAGGACAUUUUUACCCCCUGAUUUUAAGAUACCUGAUCAAGCUGAAAGUGACUCAGAAUGGCCCCCACAAUUAAGAAGCAAAUCAACUACGAUCGAAUAUGAAUUACCUGAGAAUAUUAAUGAAAAAGUUCAAGAAAAUUUACCCUUUACUUUUGUAUUCAUCAUUGAUGUGUUUGCUCAUUUAGAUGAUGUUCAAGAUGAAGUGUUUCAGACAUUGAUCGAUUCAUUAAUCCACAGUAUAGAACAAAUACCAAAUGGCUACCUCAUUGGAUUAGUAACUUUUGAAGAAACUGUUCAUAUUCACGAUUUAGUAGGAUCCACAAGUUAUUCAUUUAACAAGAAUUUUGUACAGGGUCACAAGGCCAAAUCCGCAUAUAAAUCAAUUUUUGAUAAGCCAACAAUCGAUAAAGUAUUGGAAAGGAUAGGAUUAACAAGGUCAACACUUCAAAAUGAUUAUCAAGAAAGCCAAUUGGUUCAGAAGAAUAUCCUUGUUGAACUAAAUGAUGAAACAAGAAGCCAGAUCUCUUCAUAUAUCAAAAAUCUUAAGCCAAAAGUUAUAACUUCUUAUAAACCAGAUGCAUCACCAGGAUUGGCACAUUAUAUCACAUCCUUACUUUUAUCCCAAUGCACAUUCAAAUAUUUUAUGGGAAAGGUCAUAUAUGCCUCUAGUGUUGCAGGUACAAAUUUCCCUGGAACUAUAGUGAAUCCCGAACUUAAAGAAGUUAUAAGGUCACAUAAUGAUAUUUCAAAAUUGAAUGCUCCCAAUUUCUUACCUUCUCUGAAGUUUUAUCAAGCAUUAGCAUAUAUAGCAAGUGGACAAACAUUUGAAAAUGCAUGGUACAUAGCCGACUCAACUUCAGUUAAAACUACAGAUUAUGAACUUAGCUCUACCAAUCCUACUUGGUCAGUUGAUUUAUGUUCAAGCUCGUUAGAUCAAACAGGAAUAUAUGAAAUGAAGUCGUUAUCCAGUUAUACUAUGGGAAAAAUAUAUCUCUUUGAAUCAUUCAAUUCCAACCAGUUCAAACAAAGUCUAUACAAUGCUAUAAACUUAUCAGAUCAAACUUUUAGAAAUACUUUAACUAUCACAACAUCUAAUAAUUUAAAAAUUUCAAGAAUGAUAUUUACCGGUGGGUACGCGCUACCAUCUUCGUAUCAUAAAAGUGGUGAAAAAUUCUAUAAUAGUUAUCAUGAGAAAAUAUCUGAUACUUUAACUAAGUUUGACAGUGCCUUACAGAAAAAGAAUUUUACUAAUAGGUGGAAGUUUAAUGAGUUAAGUGGUGGGGAUACUUUAGCGAUAUAUUUUGAAAUGAAUACGGUAAAAUCGUCAAAGGAAAUUACUUCUAAUGGGACGAAAGAAGUAUUCGUACAAUUUCAAGUUAAUUAUUAUGAUAUAGUGAGGAAGAAGUGGUUUUUAAAAGUUACAACUGUUCAAAGACCAACUACUUUAGCCAUAAUUUUAAAAAGAAGUGAUAUACUUAAGGAAAGAGAGGUCUUGUUAAGUUUCAAUCAGAAAUGUUGGUCAGUCUUAUUGGCCCGAUUACUUAUUAACAAGAUCAAUACUACUUUAGGUUAUGAUAAAUUCGAUAAUUUGAUUGAUCUAAUGGAUAGUGUGAUAAUUAAAUUACUUCAUAACUUUGGUGGUUUAUCAUUAAAGGCGAACUCGUCAUUGGAGGAACAAUCAAAUCCCUACUAUAUGUUACAGCAAAUUUAUGAAAUAAAUGAGAAUUUUAAAGAUCUUCCAUCUUUGAUAUAUAAUUUAAGAAAGAAUCCUCAAUUAAUACGAAUCUUUAAUUCGAGUCCUGACGAAACAGCUUAUUAUCAUAGUUGGUUUAUGAGAAUGGAUGAAAAAUUAUCGAUUAAUGCCAUUCAACCAAAGUUAUUCAAAGUUGACGAUAAGUCGGAGGAAAUUGCGUUGAAUUCAAAAUGUUUGAAUUUACCAUCAAAGACAUUUUUGAUUAUGGAUACCAUAUUUCAUAUCAUUGUGUAUUAUAUAACUAACGGCAAUGAGUCUAAAUUGGAUUUACAUCAUUCUAAAAAUGAUUAUUUACUAGAUACCAGAGAUAAGAGUAUCUUACCAGCAUUAGAGUUUAUCGAUAAAGAUUUACAUGAAAAUCCAAGACCUUUUAUACCUAAAUACGUCAUAACACAAACCAAUCAUUCUCAGGCGAGAUUUUUAAUUGCCAGAUUAGAUCCUAUUGAGAAAGAUUUACCAACGGUUAAUGCUAUCCCGAAAAAGGUUGAUAAAGGAUUUUUAAGUUAUUUCAAAAGUAAAAUCGAUAUAUCUACCUCUUAUGAUUUAAUAAUGACGGAUGAUCCAAGUCUUAAACAAUAUUAUGAUGGAUUAGUUAAAUCAAUUAAAGUAUAUAAAGUAGAACAGGAUAGUAACUAAAUAGUUUUAAGAAAUGAGAAUACAGUCUCUAUAAAAUCAUCCACUGAAGUUUCAUCUGAACCAGGUCCAAUAUUAUGAGUUGCACCUUGUAGAACCUUACUUAAUGGGGACCAGUAUUUUGCAUCAGUGGCCCUUUGCCAUGAAUCAACUAAUUGUUGUCG